GCACUCCGCCUUGACUAUUUCACACAGCUGCAGAAGACCGUGAUUACGUCCACGUCGGAGCGUGUGAAGGAGAAGUGGGUGAACAAGCUGCAGAAGAUCAUGCUGCAGCAUUUCACAAAUGUUGGGAAGGGAUGGUUCUCCAUCCACGAGACAAACCCUGACACCUACCGCCAG